GCGCUUCCGGCGGUCUCACCAUGACAACGGGAGAUUUCUGCCUCAUCGCUCGUGCGCUGGGAGGCUCUCUGUACUGAAAGGACAGAUUAAGGUAAAAAGAUGCUGCGGCGGUGAACGGAGUGGAGCAACAGGGAGUUCUGAGGGACUCUGGGGGACUCUGAGGUCUGUGGAGCUAAAAAUAUUAGGAAUAAUUGAAUAAAAAUGGAGCAGCUUCAGCAUCCGAUGCUAGCCUGCCUUCUGAUGCUAAUCGCCGCGCGCCCUUUGGCCGCGCGCUCCUCAGCCAUCUCCGACUUGAAAUCCAAAAUCUCCGGGGUGGAGGAGCUGCUGGAGGAGUUCCGCCAGCAGCUCCAGCAGGACCAAGCUCACGGCGCGGGGGACGAGGCGGACUCCUGCGCGGUCGACUUCAGCGCCUCCGAGGAGCGCAUCAUCCGGACCAAGGUGUCCAUCCAGCAGGGGGCCGCGUUCCUGCUGGCCCCGGACGGGGUGUACUCCUGGAGGGACUGCGUGCACGCCUGCUGUGCGCAGCCGCACUGCACCGUGGCGGUGCUGCAGGAGGCACCGCGGCACGCCGGGGGCUCUCUGGGCUGCUACCUGUUCAACUGCACCUACAGGAGCAAAGACAUCUGCUCCUUCUCCCCGCAGCGGGGCUUCACCACCUACAGCCGGGCUCCGAACACCACCCAGGGGGUGCUGUCCGGACCAGCCAGCAGCUCAGUCUGGAGGUCCGGAGGAGGCCCCUCCGAGGAGGAGGUGGAGGAGGAGGAGGUCACUACAGAGGUGGACGAGCCUCCUCGCAGCAACGCCGGUCAGGACGUGGUGAUCCAGCUGCCGACUGACUGGGCCGUGCUGGACGGCCGCGACAGCGUGGACGACCACAGAAUCAGCCGCUAUGAAUGGACUCUUGUGAAGGGGGACACCGCCAUCAACAUGAAGUCGACUCAUCCAGGCCUGCUGAAGGUCAGCGGCCUGCGGGAAGGCGUCUACACCUUCCAGAUGACGAUCAUGGACUCAAGCGGACAGAAGAGCUCGGACAACGUCUCAGUCACGGUCCUGGCGCCGAAACACCAAGCAGAAGCGUGUACCGGCCACUGCUCCAACUACCAAUUCAAGUGUGACGACGGCUGCUGCAUCGACAUCUCCUACGCCUGCGACGGGAAGCAACACUGUCCCGACCGCUCCGAUGAAGACUUCUGCUCGGACUUUGAUAGUGGCCGUAAAUCGGUGACCCACCGGGUGGAUCCGCUGACCUCUCAAAUCUCUGCAGCCCCCACAGAGGCCGAGGACGCCUCCAUGCAUUCUGCAAACAGGAAGGGCAUCACUCCUGCAGAGGACAGAAGUAGAGCUGGUCCUCCUCAAGACUCCACCUUUAAGGAGACGGCAGUCAGCCAAGAUCCGUGUGCUGCAGAUCCAGUGGUGGGUCCGUGUAAAGGCACCUUUCCACGGUGGUACUACAACCAAAACACAGGAGAGUGCAAGCACUUCCUGUUCGGCGGUUGCCAGGGCAACCACAACAACUUCCUUCAGGAAUCAGACUGUGUCAGUGAAUGCAUACAGAGGAGUCCGGCCUUCAGACCAGCUAGUGUGGCUCCAGCGGUUACCAAGGAAACAGACACACAUGCUGUUGAAAUCCCCCAAAACAAAGCAGAGGGUGACCCCCCCCGUGCUUUUCCUGCAGUGGGGAGGCACCCCCCUCCAGAGUCAGGUGCCAUCCUUCCUCUGGCGCUCGGCCUCCUCAUCACCGCUCUGCUGCUGCUCAUGAUCGGCUGCCGCCUCAGACUCGUCCGCCACAGGACAAAGAAAGCCCGCCCCCUGACCACAGAGGAAUCCGAUUACCUCAUCAACGGCAUGUACCUGUAAGAGGUGGUCGGACAUUUCCGUUUCUGCUCCCAUGAUGCUUCUGUGGUCCUUACCCACAAUCCUUCUGUGGUUUCCUCACAGCUUCUGCCACCAUGUGGCUCCAAUCUGCCGUUACCUGUCCAAACAUAGCCCCUCCCCUCCAACCUCUCAAUGUUUAUGAAAGUGUAAAAAAAACAUCUGUAAGUCACAUAUUUCACAUCAUGCUUUUAUUUAGAACAUACAUCUUUAGGUAUUUUAAAGGGUUACUAUCUGUUCAAGAAUAUAUUAUUCCAGCGUGGCUACAUGUAGACCACUCUAUCCUUUACAAAAAUAAACGUGAAAUGAAUUUCAAAUGCGCUAAUUAUUGAGAGGAACACUGAAACUGAUGUUUGGAUCGUGCACACCAAGAAUCAGACAUUCUUUUGCUUCAUAUGCUUUAUUUUGGCAAAGCAGUGAGCAUCCCUUGUGUAGUGCGGCAUCCUCGGAGGUGGAUCCAGAGCGUGGUCAUGUGACCAGCGGAUGGGUGACGGACAGCUGUGGCGUUUCCGGUGGUUGAUAAUACUGCUCGUGAGGGGGAAAGCUUAGCAGAUCCAGUCCUGCCUUCUUCAUUUCCUGCUGAAAUCUGGCGAUGUAAAAAUGUCUGAAACUGUUUGCAAUUCAAAUGUUAAAACCACAAAAAAAA